CCUGAAAUCAGGGGAUUUUGCCAGUCCUUCGAUCAAAUUCUUGAAUUCUUGAGGAUUAUGUCCCCAAUCACUAUGCAUUCUAUUCCCAGUAUAAAACAAGUCAAGCUCCUCGAUCUGACUAUUCUUUAAAGAUCUUUUAAAAUGAGGAACAUCUGGAAUCGAAAGUUCUCAAUACAGAAGUCCUAGUACUCUAACAUGCUUGAAAGAGGUGACCAAUCUUAAUAAUUGUCUCUUAUCCAGCUUAUAGUAUCUGAAUUCAGCUUUCUUCAAAACUCAGUGGCUGCUUUUAAAAAUAGAAGUAAGAUUUAAUCUUCAUUUUAGUCUUGAUAAAUUUAUGAAUCUAAUCUGUCAGAAAUUCGCUCUAUUUGCAAGCGAAGUAUUCACACAUUUUUGAACUAAUUUAUUUCUCUUUGCAGGCACAAAUAAUGCUAUAUUAUUAGCAUCUCAUAUCUUGAUUCCAUCAAGCCUUGAUACAAAGUCAAUAUAACGAGGGUUGCGAAAAAAUAAACCGAGCUCUCUAUUCUUAGGUCUUGUUUGGUUUCUGGACCCAAGUAUAUCAAAACCAAAUUCCUUUGAAAAAAUAUGAUAAUAAUUAGCUUUAGCAAGUACGCGUUCUAUCUUGCCAGAUCUUUCAAGAGUUGCCUUCUCUAGACUAUACCAUUCAUUAUAUUUCAAAGGAAAGAUGAUAAACUUCAAAGAGGCUGCCAAUGAAAGUAAGGAUUGCUAAAACUUUGACUGAACAUCUACAGCCGUUAAGUAUGACAGCAAGCAUUCUGGGCGCAUAUUUUCAGAACAAGAAGUUUGAAACUGUGUUCUACAUCCUGAAGAACUUCAUGAAAUGCUUUCAUACUAAUUUAUACAUAGGCAAUAAAGAAUAUAAUGAGAAAGAACUCAUCAGGCCUAGAAUGAACUAACAAGCCUUAUAAUGAUGCAAUGUAAAUGAUCUGAAAAUGGAUGAUCCCUAAAGAUGUGCAUACAAUAAGUCUCUGCUUUCUCUGAGAAGCCAAACUCAAAGGUAUAGGUAUAAAUAACUUCUGGUAGUCUUUUCCAAUGGUUUGCUGGAUAAGAGGAUUCAUAGAGAUAAUCAUUGCAAGGUAUCUCGACCAUAAAUCAAAUAGAUUAAGGAGUAAAGGCAAAUUUCAUAUUUUAACCCUGGUUUACCAUGCAAUCUUGUGGGUCUCGUCUUGAUCAGCUGGGAGCACUUUCUCCAUUUUGUGAUGUUAUAAGUA